AAUAAGAAUCAAUGAAUAAUAUAAUAAGUUACAUUCGUAAAUUAUUUUUUAAAAUGAGUUCCGACGAAGAUUAUAAUAUAGCAGCUAGAUAUAGAACAGUUAGAAAACGUUUAGAUAGUCUUGGUUAUCAACAAGCAUUAUCUUUGGAUGCUCUUCCAUUAAUUGAACGAUUGUUGGCUGAUCUUAUUCAAACUACAGAAAGUUUAAAACAUUUUAAAACUGUUGCACAAGAUAACAUCGAAGCAUGUAAUCAAUUGCAAUUAAUAAUUGAUCCAUAUAAAUGUGACAAUGCAAGAUUAGUUCAGGAAUGUAAUCAACUUCAUUUGGAUCUGAUAGAAACAGAAGAAACUUAUCAAAAACAAAUCAAGGAUUUGAAGAAACAGGUGUACAAAUUGGAAUGCGAAUGUAACGAUUUGCAAUUAGCUUCUUCCAGAAAUUUACAAAAGAUUAAAGAUCUUGAAAUUGAAUCAGCUAAAAAGUCAAAAAAGAUAUUGGAUCUCCAAGGGAAAUGUUUGAAACCGAUUAUAAGCAAUGUAGGAAUAGGUAGUAAAAAACGUCCUUGUUAUCCACUAAGAAGACCAGUUAUAGAAGCUGAGCCAUUACCUAAUACAGGAAGUACUCACAGUUCCUUACCCAGUUCUCAUUCAGUUGAACCAAAAAUAUUAGAUUUACUAAGCAUGGCAGAUCAUAGAAUGAGCUGUCUAAGUCACGAGGUUACAAAACUUAAAGGAGAACUUUCAUUACAAACUGAUAAUGUAUAUACUUUACAAAAUCAGUUAACAACAAAAGAAAAAGAGAUAAUGAGACUGAAAAAAUUAUUAGAGGGUGGUCGACCAUACAGUGCUGUUGUUAAGGAUUGUCUUUGUAAACAAGUUGAUAAAAUGCACGUUGCAUCUAAUGAUGUCGAUGAAAAUAUUGAUUUAAAGACUAUUUUACAAAGUAAACAAGAAUUAGAACAACAGUUAAAAGAAGCUGUAAAUAAACAACACGAAGUUAUGUCCCAAGCAAUGAAACUUGCUGAACGAAAUGAAGAAUUAGAAAAAGAAUUAAGGGACAUAGAUCACAUUGCAUUAGCUGUUGAAGCUGAUUGCAAUUCUGCAGUUAAAGAAAAUAACAGAAGAGUUUAUAGACUUCAAGAAAAAUUGGAAGAUGUAAUGGAACAAGUUCACACUUUAGAAACAGAAUUAGCAAUGAAACGUAGAGAAGUUCAAGAAUUAACAGCAGAUCUUGAAGCGAGUAAACUUGAAAAACGAAAUGUUCAACGUACUUUAGAAUCUACGUUAGAAGAAAAGAAAAGAAUUACUAAUAAAAUUAAUCAAUUAACAAUAAUAGAAAAAAGUUUAAACGAUGAAAUAGAAAGAUUAUCGAAAGAGAGUGAAUCUCAGAAACAAGAUAUUAUACAAUUGCAAUAUACAAAUAAAGCAUUGAGAGAACAAUUAGGUUCUUCAAGUAAAGUUGUGGAUGGUGCUAAUGAAAAUGAUUUGAAACAGUUAAGAGAAAAAGGUGAAAAAAAUGAUCAAAAUAGAGGAAAGAAAAGUAUGGCAAGUAGAACAGAUGCAGAUGAUAGGGGGGAAUAUUCGUCGUCAUCAUCUCAAGAAAAUGAUAGGACAUCUGAAAACUUACGAAAAUUAAUUAUUGAAAAAGAUUUACAAAUAGAUAAUUUACAACAAAAUAUAAAACAAUUAGAAAACGAACGAGAUUACUUCAGAAAUGAAUGCAAUUGUUUGAAGCAUCAGAAAGAUGAAAGUUCUAAUAAAGAAAAUGUCGAAUUGUGGACGAGAUCGUACGAAUUAAGAUGUCAAUUAAAUGAAAAGGAAAAAAUAAUCUUUGAAUUGCAAAAGGAGAAAAAUGAUUUGUAUCACGAAAAGAAAGAAUUGGAAACGCAAUUGGAAGUUUGUAAAAGUCAAUCAAAAAGAUCUUGCUUGUCUUGUGCAUCUGGUGCAGUUGGUACCAGCAUGCAGCAUCCAUCUUCCACGUUGUCGCAUGACAUUGGUACAGAAAAUACAAAAGUAAUGUUAGAUUCUUUAAGUCGUGAAAGGGAUACAGCAAGAGCAGAUGUUCAACGUUUGAUAGAAGAACGCGAUGCGUUAUAUGAAAGACUCAAGGGAACACAAAGAGGAACUGUAAAUGAUUACGAUGAUCAAUUGGAAGACUUACAAGAAGAAUUGAGAAGAACCAAACAAGAAUUAACCGUUCAACGUACACAAUUUUUUCAACUUAGGGCAUUGCAGGAUCAAACGGAUCAAGCUUUAGGAGAUAUACAGGGUCAAUUAACACAAUCUGAAACGGAAUUAAAUAAAGCUAUGGAUCGUAAUAGAAAUAUGGAACAACAACAUUUACAGCUUGACAAUCAAGUGAAGGAAUUGAAACAAGAGAUCAAUAAUCUUCAUACAAAUAUGGCGCAUUUGGAUCGAGAAAAAGAUCAAUUAUUGAUAGUGUUAGAUGAGAAGACUGAAAAAAUUGUCGCAUUGGAAAGAGAAUUGAUACACAAGGAGCAACAAGCUAGUAGCAUGGAACAACAAAUGCGAGAUUUACGACAUAAAAAUGAAAUAUGCAUUGAUCAAAGUGCAGAAUACGAACGUCAAUUAAAAUCUUUACAAAUUGAAGUGAAAAAUUGUCAAAGACAAUUGGAUACUUGCAACAAUGAUCGUGAAAAUGCAAUUCAAGAGAAUCGUCGUUUGCAGGACGAUCUUGCAGCUGUCAUAUGCGAGGUAAGAAAUCUUCAACACGAAUUGGAAUCCUCCCGUGCUGAAUCCUACGAUUUGAAGAGACAAUUGCAAACUUACGUUAGCGAAGUACGACGUGCUGAAGAAAUGUUGAACAGAAAGGAAAAUGAAAGAACGGAGAUGUUAAAUCACUUCAGAAGUUUAAGUUUGGAAGCCACAGUAUUGGAAAACAAUAAUCACAGUUUAGAAUCGGAAGCUGCAGAAGUAAGAGGAGCACUUCAAACUGCUAGAGAUCGUUUGAUAGAUUUAGAAAGACAAUUAGUUGAUAAGGAUUGUUUAAUUAGAGGAUAUGAAACACAGAUAAGUGAAUUAACGCAAAGUGUUGCAAGCAUGGAAACACAGUUACGACAACAAACGGAUCAAAGGCAAAGAGCAGAGGCUGAUUUGAGUGCAGUAAGGGAUUUGUGUAUUAAAAUGGAUCAACAAAAGGAUUCACUUAUGCAACAACUAGAAGAUAAAGAUAUGAUGAAGGCACAGUAUGACACACAAUUGGUAAGAUUGAGAACCGAACAGAGUGCUAUUCAAGAUCAAAUGGAUAGAGAUCGUGCAACGAUUGAACGUUUAGAAGCUUUGUUGGAUCAAGCAAGAGAAGAAUCUAUCAAAGUUCAAACAACAAAUCAAGAAUUGCAGAAUGAAAUGUCGAGACUUAAACAAAAGAUAUCUGAACUUCAAACAACAUUAUCUGCCGAGUCAUUAGAACUUAGACAAUAUCAAACUCAAGCUGCUGAGUAUAGUAAACAAAUCAGUGAACUUCGUAGACAAGUUACUAAUGAAAGAUUUGAUCGUGCUAAGAAAGAUGAAGAACAUCGCAGAUAUUUGAGUAAAGAAAAAGUGAAGGAAUGUGGUUGCAGUCCAUCAUCAUCAUCAUCAUUAUCUAAGGCAAUCAAUUUAGAAGCAGAAAUAUCACCAGGAAUAUCGAGUAAAGAAUACACGAAAUCGGAUGAUGGGAAUGAAUCAACAGUUAAGAUUCAAGUAGGUUUAGCUGAGAAGAUGAUUUUCACUGAUGACGUUUUCAUGGAACCAAUUGCUGCGUCAACACCUACAAAAAAAUUGAUGAAAAAGAGUUAUUCUAUUUCUUGUUGUAUGAACAAUCUCCCACAGGAUGAUGAUACGACGACAAAUGUUGAAAGAAGUGUUAUUGAUGAUGAAUCAUCAGAUCAGAAGAUUAUUUCUUCAUUUCAAUUAUUGAAACAUUCUAUUGACAAAUUUACAAAUAAUAAUCUGAAUUGUUUGCAAUUUGCAAAAUGUCGUCGAUGUGCUGCUGCAAGCAAACAAUUUAUAGAAAUGUCGGAGAAUAUUGUUCCUUGUACUGUAAGAAAUGAUUCAAUGAAUAAUACAAUUCAAGAUUUAUAUGUUAGAAAUGUAACUAAAGCAUUACGUAAUGAUGAUGAUGAUGAUGAUGAUGUUACCGUUUCAUAUCAGGAUAAAAAUUGUAAAUGUUAUCCUCCUUUGAUUAUAAAUGAUUAUUCAAUACGUCCUGAAGAAUAUCAAGAAUAUUACAAAUUGAAUUCUGAUACAAAACUAAUGUCACCUGACAUAAGAAAAAUGGAAACUGAACAACAACGAAGAAUAAUACCAUCGUGCAAAUCGAAAAAAUGUAAAUGCGUGUACAAGAAUAAAAAUGACAAAUAUUUGAGUGACACUAUUACAAAAUCAAUUGAUCAAUAUUCAACGGAUAUAAAUGAAUCUUACAAAAUGAAAUCACAUGAACAUGUUGUUCACAAUUUGUCAAACAAUGUAUGGAAAGAAAAAACUAGAAGAGAUGCUGAUGGUUUUAUAUCACUAGAUACGAUAAUGAAUAAUAAUAAUAAUAAUAAUAAUAAUAAUAGUCAAGAUGAUACUAUAGUAAUAGCAUUUUCCAAGCCUAAAUUUACUCAAGUUUUAUCAGAGAUAAAGGAACAUACUAAGAGUUUAGAAAAACAAAUUGAAAGUAUAAAUAAUAUUAUACAAAAUAUAACUGUAUUAUCAGAAGAAACUACUGUUGCUCCAUUAUCAUCGAGAAAAACUAAUCUGCCAGUAUUUUAUGAAAAUAUUUAUAGAAUUACAAAUGAAUCGCAAAAUGAAACAACACUUGUCAACAUAAAUAAUAAUAAUAAUAAUAAUGAAGAAGAAAUAGUAGAAAACAAUUGGUGUAAAUGUAUAAAAAGACGACGUGCAAUUACAACAAGUUCGUCAUUGAUAAAACAAGAUGUUACACGAGAACAACAACAACAACAACAACAACGUUCAAAAUUAGAAGAAACGAAAGAACAACAAUUUCCAAGUAAACAAAUAAAAAAACAAGAAGAAGAAGAAGAAAAAGUAGAACUUGACCAAAUGAAUCAUAAAAAAAGUGCAUCUUAUAAGAAGACAGACAAAUUAAAACGAGUAUCUUCUUCUUAUUUACAUAAAAAACAACCAAAGUCGUUCGUUAGAAAAGAAAAAAUGAAAUUGUUAGUUAAUAAAUCAUCGAAAAUAAAAGACAACAAUUAUAACGAUGAGCCAAAUUGUAACACUGCCGCCACCAUUUUGUACAAUUCAACGACGAAUAAGACUAAAGUAUCGGAAAAUGAUACUAUUAAUGAUUUAUAUUUACAAACAACAUUUACACAAUCGUCCAAUUAUCAAAUAGUUGCUGCCACAUCAGUAUCGUCUAUUAAAUUAAAUUUAAAUAAUAGCACAAGAAGUAAUAAUAAUAAUAAUAAUAAUAAUAAUAAUGAUGAUGAAAUAGACAUCUAA